CUCUUAACAGCAAUUCACAACUUCUCUCACAUCCCUCCGCGUCAUCUCCUUCUUUAUCCAAACACAAACAUACACAGUCAUCCCCGUCUGACUUCACCACUAUGAACACUUUCGCGGCGAGCUUCACCGCUCGAACAUGCAACCCCCGCCGCGACGCAAUUCCGUUAAAACACCGCUCCCUCCACCACUUCAUCAACAGACGCGUCACGUUUCUCCCCACCAGAACAACUCUCCCAUCUACAAGAAUCGUUUGCAUGGCGGAACCUUAUCUGCUAUUGAAGCUUGAAUCUGCUGAGAAAACAUGGAAAGAAUUAUCGGUGAAGCUUGCUGAUCCAGACGUUGUUAAUAAUCCCAGUGAGUAUCAGAAGUUAGCUCAAUCGGUGUCCGAACUUGACGUGGUUGUAACCUUGUAUACGAAAUUUAAAGACUGUGAGAAGAUGCUUGAAGAAACAAAAGCCUUAACAAAGGAUGAUGGCAAUGAUGAGGAUAUGGCGGAAAUGAUAUCUUACGAAAUUGAAUCUUUGUCCAAGCAACUCGCAGAACUAGAGGACAAGCUGAAGGUUUUACUACUUCCCAGUGAUCCUCUGGAUGCAAGAAACAUUAUGCUUGAAGUAAGAGCAGGUACUGGUGGUGAUGAGGCUGGAAUAUGGGCUGGUGAUCUUGUCCGAAUGUAUGAAAAAUUUAGUGAAAGGAAUUCUUGGAAGCAUUCUGCCAUUUCAUGCUCUGAGGCAGAAAAAGGGGGAUACAAAACUUACGUGAUGGAGAUAAAAGGAAAUCGUGUCUAUAGUAAAUUAAAAUACGAAUCUGGUGUCCAUCGAGUUCAACGCGUUCCUCUAACAGAAACACAGGGCCGCAUACAUACUUCUACUGCAACAGUGGCCAUCAUGCCAGAGGUUGAUGAAGUUGAAAUCGUAAUUGACCCAAAAGAUAUUGAACUGACAACGGCACGUUCUGGGGGUGCAGGAGGCCAGAAUGUUAAUAAGGUUGAAACAGCAAUUGAUCUUGUUCAUAAACCAACGGGAAUCCGUAUCUUUUGUACUGAACAAAGGACUCAGAUUCAAAACAAGAAUCUUGCUUUUCAGUUACUGCGAGCCAAACUAUAUGAGAUAAAAUCAAGGGAGCAGCAAGAGACAAUACGAAAUCAAAGAAAAUCACAAGUUGGUACAGGAGCACGUUCCGAAAAAAUUCGGACAUACAAUUUUAAGGAGAACAGGGUUACUGACCAUAGAUUGAAGAGGAACUUUGAGCUCACCUCUUUUCUAGCUGGUGACAUAGAGGAUGCUGUUCAGUCUUGUGUUUCACAGGAACAAAAGGAGCUUAUGGAAGAACUUGUUGAGUCUAUGGGUGCUUCUACUAAAUGAAGUGCAGUUGAUUUUGCCCAUAUAUAUUGGUGCUUCUGCUAGAAGAACUCUUGUGAUAAUUUCCCAUUAGGGAAAGAUCUGUCAAAUAUAUUGUUCUUGCGAAUAUGUCCCAUCAAUGAAAGCUUGACACAUACCGAGUUGAUUGAUAGUCGAUGAGUAGAUAUGGGCUAGUUUUACGUGUAACACUUGGAUAAUACUCCGUUGGUAAAAAACUGUUUGUGCUGUAAUUAACAUGCAUUUUGUGCUUAGUGCAUGGUAAUGAUAUUGUGUGGUAUUGAUCUG